UUUUUUUUUUUAUUUUUCUCUGUUUUGGGUAGACAUGAAGAAUCCAUACGAUGUAUUAGGUCUCGGGCGAUAUGCCACCAACAAAGAAAUACGAAAAAGAUACCUUCAGCUAUGCAAAUCGCACCAUCCUGAUAUUGUUGGACAACACAAACAAAGAGAUUUUGCUGAAAUCACAGGCGCUUAUGAACAACUUACUAAACACAAACAUCAAGUAGAAGGAUACAGACCAUCACCAUUUCAUCAACACACUCAUUUAAAUACCAAAAUAUAUACCCAAAGAUCACUUGUUGCUGGUCUUGCUCUUAUGAUUGGUGUAAUUGCCUAUGUUACUUAUGAACCUCCAGUGGAUCCUGCUUUGUCUUAUGUUGACCAUAUUCCUCCUCCGUCCGUGAAUUCCCCAAGUAGUUAUAGAGCAUGGCGCAAGAAUUAGUCACAUGGUUAUAGUUUUGACUUUUUUAUGUUUCGUCGAUAUUUUUUUUUUUUCUGUCUUACUUUGAAUAAAAUUUCAAACGUUCCUUCCUACCUU